CAUGGCAACCAUGACCCUCGGAACCCAGAACUUCACCAUGGCAACCAUGACCCUCGGACCCCAGAACUUCACCAUGGCAACCAUCACCACACAAACGGAGCCCAUAGUUCUGACCUCCAAAACGAGGCCGCUCUGGUCCCGGCGGUGGCGGCACUGGUCCUGGCUCAGCUGAACCCGGUCCUGGAGGGAUUCAACCGCUCCCUGCUCCUUCUGGAGCGGCGAAUGGGGGAGCUUGCCCAGGAACUGGCCCCUAGGAGCCCUGAGGGAGAGAGGGAGCCGGCCCGGGACCAGGCCCCGAGACCCGAGGCAGGGAGCCAGCAGGAGGAGGUGCAGGAGGUGCGCCAGCUGCUGGACAGCCACCGCAGUGCGGUGUAUGAGCAGCUGAACUCCCAGCAUGCAAUGCUGCAGGCCAACCUCGGCAGCCUCAGAAUAGAAGUGGACUUGAAGCUCCAGCGCAGCGAGGAGAUGAUACAGACCAGCAUCCAGGGCCUGAACGCCUCGCUGGUGGACCUCUGUGGCCCCCACGGGCUUGGGGAGGGGGCCAGGUGCCAGGAGCAGGGGGGAGGAGCCAGGGGCCAGGAACCCUCCCCCAGCCCUGCCAAGGAACCAGCCUGGACCAAACAUCUCAACACUCAGGUCAAGCUGAGCGCCCUCGAGGAGGACGUGAAGGAGGACCGCCGCUCGCUGGGGGCCCUGAGGCGCCGCCUGGGGGAGCUGGAGGAGCAGAUCUCCCAGACGGGCCGGGAGAGCCAGAUGAAGUUCAUGGAGACCGGUCUGGACGUGGAGGCCGCCCGCGAGGUGGUCCUGGGCCAGCUCAGGGAGCUGGAGGGGAACCUCAGCUCGGCCGCGCAGCAGGCGCAGGACCGCGACAACGACGUGGACUACCUGUUCAAGGUGCUCUACAACUGCACAGCCCUGAGGCACGAGGUGGCCCGCCUGGAGAGGGGCGUGGCCAACCUCACCCAGCUGGCCGAUGUGAAGCAGCCGGCCCCGGAGGAGGGGGCCCAGUGGGCGUCGCCGGUGAAGGAGCUCCAGCUGGGCCUGCAGCAGGUGCGGGACGCCCUGGUCCUGGAGCGCGGCGCCGGCGAUCUGGAGGAGAGGAUGCGGCGCCUGUCCAGCUCCUUCGGCUCUCUGCUGAAGGACGCCGGCCGGAACAGCGAGGUGCUGGAGGUGCUGCUGGGGGAGGACGUGCUGGAGUUCCUCCGCCGGCCCCCCGCCUACCAGGAGGCACUCUCCAUCCCCGGCCUCAAGGAGCAGAUCAGGAGCCUCAACCACAGCCUCACCGCGCUGCACAGAGACAGAGCAGAAUCUCUGAUGGCGGACCAGCCCCUCCCGGCAGAGGGGGGGGUGAGGAGCAGUAGCCACGCCCCCCUCAGGGAGCAGCAGAUCCUCACGGCUCCUGACCCCGCUGACAGAGGAGGAGCCCUGGAGAAGGAGGUGGAGGAGCUGGAGGUCAGGGUCCAGGCCCUGGAGGAGCAAGGGGGAGGAGCGCAGGAGGAGCAGCUCCAGCAGGAGGUGCUGUGGUUGAGGAGGGCGGUGGAGGAUCAUCUGCGGCUCUUUAAGAAGGUCUUCAGACAGGCUGAGACCCUGGAGGACUCCCACCGGACCCUGGACCUGCAGGACCUCUGGACCCUGAGCCAGGACCCCCGCAGAGAGAGGAGAAGAGGGGGAGAGAGGAGGGGAGAGAAGGACGGACAGAAGGACGGAGAGGUUAGAAGAGAAGCCCUCCAGGGCAGGAGGGACCCCAAAGCAACUGCACCCCGGCCUCAGAGCAGUCCACUGCUCCUGGCAACCGGUCUCCUUGGCGACGGGCGGUUCCUGGGGUUCAAAGCGUCUCUGAACGUGGGCGGAGAUUACUCAGAGACGUCCAGGCGCUUCACGGCGCCGCAGACCGGACUCUACCUGCUGCUGCUGACCCUUGACCUAAGGCCGGGCCACACCCACCUGCUGCUGAGGAGGCGGUCCGGGACGGAGCUGCACCUCUUGCAGGAGGAGGUGAAGGAGGAGGCCGGAGCGCUCUCCUUCCUCCGUCUGCUGCAUCUGGAGGAGAAGGAGUGGCUCUCUGUGGAGCUGAGAGCAGGAGGACUGCUGGACCCCAGCAGCACCGCCCUGGCAGUGCUGCUGCUGCACUAGCGCCCCUGGUGGUCACUAUGUAGCACUGCUGCACUAGCGCCCCUGGUGGUCACUAUGUAGCACUGCUGCACUAGCGCCUCUGGUGGUCCCUAUGGAGCACUGCUGCACUAGCGCCCCUGGUGGUCACUAUGUAGCACUGCUGCACUAGCGCCCCUGGUGGUCACUAUGUAGCACUGCUGCACUAGCGCCCCUGGUGGUCACUAUGUAGCACUGCUGCACUAGCGCCCCUGGUGGUCACUAUGUAGCACUGCUGCACUAGCGCCCCUGGUGGUCACUAUGUAGGAAUGCUGCCCAAGUUACACCUGAGGGGAAUUGAACUGUCAAACCUUCAGCUGGAGAUUUCCACCAAUGUAAAUCAUUUGUAUAUGAAAUAACGAGUUAUAUAAAUAUGUAAUACAUAUAUGUAGAAAAAAAAAAGAUUUACAUAUUAAUAAAGACAAAUUAACAAAUAA